CGCAACUCCCCAACUCCGAGUUUUCGCGGGAAAAAAAUCAGAGCAGCUGGGAGCGCGGUGGACGGCGCUGGCCGAACGCGCGCUCCGGGUUACACGCAGAUCCGCGUGGGAGUCCGGGCUACGGAACUCGGCACCACCGCCGUCCCCGGGCGCGCAGGCCAGAGCGUUGGAUCAUCGCGGCACGAAAGCACCGACACCAUGUGGGUCCAGGUGAGGACCAUGGACGGCAAGGAGACUCACACCGUGGACUCGCUGUCCAGGUUGACCAAGGUUGAAGAAUUGAGGAGGAAGAUUCAGGAACUGUUUCACGUGGAGCCCGGUUUGCAGAGGCUCUUUUACAGGGGCAAGCAGAUGGAGGAUGGCCACACACUCUUCGACUAUGAUGUGCGCCUCAAUGACACCAUCCAGCUGCUGGUGCGCCAGAGCUUGGCGCUGCCAUCCAGCCAGAAAGAGAGGGACUCGGAGCUCUCAGACACAGACUCGGGCUGCUGCCUGGGCCAGAGCGAGUCGGACAAGUCGUCCACACAUGGCGAGGCGGCCACUGACACGGACAGCAAGGCCGGCCUGCCCGACGAUGAGGACACAUGGGUGGAGACGGAUCAAGGGCUCUACAAGGUGAACGAGUACGUGGAUGCACGGGACACCAACAUGGGCGCGUGGUUCGAGGCGCAGGUGGUCAGGGUGCUGCGGAAGGUGCAGGCGGCCGAGGACGAGCCCUGCAGCUCGACCGUCAGCCCGCCAUCCGAGGAGGACAUCAUCUACUGUGUGAAAUACGAUGACUACCCCGAGAACGGCGUGGUCACCAUGAAGCCCCAGGAUGUGCGUGCCCGCGCCCGCACCAUCCUCCCGUGGCAGGAGCUGGAGGUGGGCCAGGUGGUGAUGCUCAACUACAACAGUGACCAGCCCCGCGAGCGCGGCUUCUGGUACGACGCGGAGAUCUGCCGCAAGCGGGAGACGCGCGCGGGCCGGGAGCUCUACGCCAACGUCCGGCUCGGGGACGAUUCUCUGAACGACUGUCGCAUCGUCUUUGUGGACGAGGUCUUCAAGAUCGAGCGUCCGGGCGAAGGUCCCCCCGUGGUGGAGAACCCCAUGAGACGCAAGAGCGGCCCGACCUGCAAGUACUGCAAGGACGACCCCCGCAAGCUGUGCCGCGUGUGCGCCUGCCACCGCUGCGGGGGCCGCGAGGCGCCCGACAAGCAGCUCAUGUGUGACGAGUGCGACAUGGCCUACCACCUGUACUGCCUGGACCCCCCGCUCAGCAGCGUGCCCCCCGAGGAGGAGUGGUACUGCCCCGACUGCCGGAACGACGCCAGCGAGGUGGUGCUGGCCGGGGAGAAGCUGCGGGAGAGCAAGAAGAAGGCCAAGAUGGCGUCGGCCACGUCGUCCUCGCAGCGGGACUGGGGCAAGGGCAUGGCGUGCGUGGGGCGCACAAAGGAGUGUACCAUUGUGCCGUCCAACCACUACGGACCCAUCCCGGGCAUCCCCGUGGGCACCAUGUGGCGGUUCCGCGUGCAGGUCAGUGAGUCCGGUGUCCAUCGGCCUCACGUGGCAGGUAUCCACGGCCGGAGCAACGACGGGGCCUACUCCCUGGUGCUGUCUGGGGGCUAUGAGGACGAUGAAGACAACGGGAAUUCUUUCACCUACACAGGCAGUGGCGGCCGCGAUCUUUCGGGCAACAAGCGGACUGCCGAGCAGUCCAGUGACCAGAAACUCACCAACACCAACAGGGCGCUGGCGCUCAACUGCUUCGCACCCAUCAACGACAAGAAGGGCGCAGUGGCCAAGGACUGGCGCUCGGGGAAGCCGGUGCGGGUCGUGCGGAACAUGAAGGGAGGCAAGCACAGCAAGUACGCGCCUGCGGAGGGCAACCGCUAUGAUGGCAUCUACAAGGUGGUGAAGUACUGGCCCGAGAAGGGCAAGUCCGGCUUUCUGGUGUGGCGCUACCUCCUGCGGAGGGACGACGACGAGCCUGGGCCCUGGACGAAGGAAGGGAAGGACCGCAUCAAGAAGCUGGGACUGACCAUGCAGUACCCCGAGGGCUACUUGGAAGCCCUGGCCAACCGCGACAAGGAGAACAAGCGGGCGGCCGAGGCGGUGGAGGAGCUGUCGCCCUCCAAGAAGGGCAAGUGGAAGCGGAAGCCGCCAGGCCAGAAUGGCUCCGGCGUGCGGACCACCAAGAAGACCAAGCUGGAGCCCUACAGCCUCACGGCCGAGCAGAGCAGCCUCAUCGAGGCGGACGAGAGCAACGCCAAGCUGUGGGCCGAGGUCCUCACGGCGCUGCGGGAAGGCCUGUUCCAGGCGUUCCUGAGCAAGGUGGAGGAGACCUUCCAGUGCAUCUGCUGCCAGGAGCUGGUGUUCCAGCCCGUCACCACCGUGUGCCAGCACAACGUGUGCAAGGACUGCCUGGACAGGUCCUUCCGUGCCCAGGUCUUCAGCUGCCCGGCCUGCCGCUACGACCUGGGCCGAGGCUACGCCAUGCAGGUGAACAAGGCACUGCAGCGCGUCCUCAACCACCUCUUCCCCGGCUACGGCAGCGGCCGGUGAUGGAGCGUCCCGGCCACGGGCCCUGUGGGCCCCGCUGAAGCGCGCAGCUCCUUCCGCCCCCUCCCGGCCUUGUCUUCCCGUGUUUGGUUUCGUUGUGUAACGUGCGUUUGCAGGAGUCCCGGGUCCUGGCUGCAGGUGGCCUGCGAGCCUUUGGUUCGGUCGGCUCUGAAGUGUAAGCUGCGAUUUCUCUGGCUGAGACGGAGUGGGCCACGGGGCCCUCGGCCUUGGUGCUGCUGCUGCUGGCUAGGAGUUCUCCGAAGCUCCCGCUGCCCAUCGUGAGGAAGGCACCCAGCUGCCCGCCGGGGCCUCCGCCGGCCUGGGGUCCCCACUCCCCGGUGGCACAGCCAGUCAUCCUUCCGGUGGGGCCCCGGGGUGUCCGGGGAGACCCGCCGAGCGGCAGCAUCUACCUCGCCUCAGUGGGGCCUGCGGGAGAUGGGCGCGGAGCCCUGCCGGGCCGGUGCCUGUCCCAGUGCCCAAGUGCCUUCCUGGCCCCAGGACGGGGCCGCCCCUAGCACUGAACCUUAGGGCCGCGCCAGCCGGGCCGUCCGUCUCUUCCUGGUGCUGAGCAGAGUGCGGAGUGCUUUUUCCCAGCAUUUAAGUUUGUUUUUUUCCUUCAGCUCAGCAGUCGAAACUCACAAGAGGAUUUUUUGUUUGUUUCUGGGAUGGGGGUAAGGAAUGCUUUUUCAAAUGAAUUUUUUUGUAGUAUAUGUACCAGGAAAGGUAUAACUUAGCAUUUGGUUGUGUUAUUUUGGGGUGUUUUCUUCUUUUUGGUACUUUUUUUCAAAGGAUUUGUUCAGUUUUCUACCUUUACCAAAGUUUGCAGCUUGUACCUCAGCAGGCCCAGGGAUGUUUUAAAUCACAGAACUGCAGACAGACUGGAUCGAUACUAUUUUUAAAGUUUUUUUUUUUUUUUUUUUUUUUUUUUUAUGAUUGUUAAUGUUUUGGGAAGAAAAGAACCGAAUUCUGUGUAGGCUUUUUCCGAAGUUCAAUAUUCUUUGUGCAGAUUUUAGAUUCUCAGAAUAAAUGUUUUUCACAGAAGCCUUUUG